UCUCGCGAUAGUGCAGCAGGGGAGCUUCUAGGAGCAGAGCAGGAAACUUGACAUGUCAACAAAACAGACAAAUUAUCACCGCACAGGCAUGUGAGGGUGUGCUGCUGUGGGAAAAGCCUGACAGGUGACUUUACCUGGACCUUGCACCUAUAGCCUUUUCCAUCCAUCCAUCCAUCCAUCCAUCCUCUAGCAUUCUCGCCCCACCGUCGUCAUGACAACCCCUCCACUUGUCCCACCCUACGGCGGUCAGCCUGCACCCCUGCAGCAGCAGCAGCAGGCCCAGGCAGCCCGUGAUGUCAACACGGCCUCGCUGUGCCGCAUCGGCCAGGAGACGGUCCAGGACAUUGUUCUCAGGACGAUGGAGAUCUUCCAGCUCCUCAGGAACAUGCAGCUGCCUAACGGAGUCACUUACCACCCAAACACCCACCAGGACAGGCUGGGGAAACUCCAGGAGCACCUACGCAUGCUUUCUGUGUUGUUCCGAAAGCUGCGCCUCGUCUACGACAAGUGCAAUGAAAACUGUGCCGGGCUGGACUCCAUACCUCCAGAGCUGCUGAUACCCUUUGUGGAGGACGACAGCUCCAAACACGAGGACCGCUCAGCCGGCCAGAGCCGCCCGGCCACUGAAGAGAGGAGAGAAAUCCUGGAGGUCAACAAG